AUGCCUCCAAUAUCGCGAAGCAAGUCAAAUCCUGUUGCGUCGACCACGUAUAUCCAGCGUGCCCUCCGGGAUGCCGAAAAGUCGCUUUUCGCUCCCAAACCUGUUGUGUUUACCCCAUCACUCGCGCGGCUACAAGCCACACAAGCGAAGACCUCCGAACAAAUCGAUGCUCGUAUUCGGCCAAAACACCCUUCUCUACCCGCGUCGCUUCCGCCAGGAGACGAGUCCAAGGUGGAAGAGCUGCUUCGGAAGCGCGGCGUCAUUAGCAAAUGCGUGCGCGAGCAGGUCAGUGAAAAGGACCUCCAGCGACUGCGCCCAGGCCAGUGGCUCAACGACGAGAUUAUCAACUUCUACGGGCAGAUGAUCACGUGUCGGUCGGAGGAAAGCAAAGAGAACCAACGAGAAGACCUGUUGAAUGUGCACUACUUUAGUACGUUCUUCUGGUCGAAGCUCAGGAACGAGGGAUACGAGAAGGGCAGGCUGGCGAAGUGGACAAAGAAGUUCGAUUUGUUCUCAAAGGACAUCGUCCUCAUUCCCGUCAACCACAAUAACUCGCACUGGACGGGUGCGGCGAUCAAUUUCCGGAAGAAGCGGAUCGAAAGCUACGACAGCAUGAACAUGGACCGAACGCAAGUGUUCAAGCUCCUGCGUGCGUACCUCGACGCCGAACACCGGAACAAAAAGAAGAAGCCGUUCGAUUUCGACGGCUGGGUUGACUGGACACUCGAUGACACGCCGCAGCAGGAGAACGGCUACGACUGCGGCGUUUUCACGUGCCAGUUCCUCGAGACACUGUCGCGCGGCGAGGAGAAGUUUGCCUUCACGCAGACGAACAUGCACUACCUCCGGAGACGGAUGAUCUGGGAGAUUGGGCACGCAAGGCUUCGGACCGACACAUAG